AUGGAACGUGAGAAUGACUUGUUUACUGUAGAGAAACGACGAAGCUCAUCUGAAUCUAUCUCUAAGAAAACAAUAGUUGAAUCAUCUUCAACACAGAAAUCAAGCUCACAACAGGAGCAAACUUCAAAUGUUGAGUCAAAAACUGCUCAGUCAUCACUUUCUAAUACUGAUACCAAUAAAACGUUAUCAGAUCUAUUUGAUUCCAAAUCUGAACAUCUACCGGACUUUGUGUUUCGUCAACCCUCAGCACUUUUUGAGAAAGUUGAAGUUCCACAAGAGCCAAAAUUUUAUUCAUCGAAGGAAGAUAUUAACAAUUUGAACAUAGAAACUGGCAUAACAAAAGGAAAAAGUUUCUCACACUCAUUGGCGGGCAUUAAUGAUAAAAAGCAACUAUUCAGAGAAGUUCAGCCAUUGAAACAAAUAAUUCCACUAAAUAAUACAUGUCGACUAAUGCCAUAUUGGUGGAGUGAUCAUCCAUCAUUUGUAGAGAAAAUUAUAAAAAGCACACGUUAUUUUCACGUUUUGAAUGAAUCAUUUAGUCAAAAUGGAAAACGUUUAAUGCUAUUCGAAAAUGCUGAAAUUCAUAAAUUAUUACAGCCCUUUUAUGGAAAUCUAUUCGUUAUAUUUGGUUGCAUAGUUCUGGCAUUCCCUAUUCUGCUCUUAUUGAUGUUUUUACGUUGCAUAUCUGAAGAGGACUUGAUGGAGGAGGCAAUGUUCGACGUCGUUGAAAUUUCCAUCUUUUGUGUUUUUUCCGUGGUCGAGUUCUACAUGUCUUCUGGAGUAGAGUUACGAGCUGCUAUGAACAGACUGUGCAUCGAAUAUUUGGACCAUAGUAUUAGAAUGAAUGGAUUGUUGAAUGCAGAACAGAUGGAAUCACGGAAAUAUUUGCAUAUGGCAGUUUGUCUUCAUUACGGGAAACCUCUUAGAUAUAUGACCAAUUCAGCUCGCGAAAGCAUUUAUGAUGAAUGUAGUGUAGAAUAG